GUUUUACUCUCAAAUACCUCAAUUCAACUACUGUACAAGUGAAUUGGUUACCUAUUCCAGGGGCCAGUUACUACACUGUCUAUUACAGCAGUGGGUGUGAUGUUAAUUCAAUGAAUGUUAGCAAUGAAACAAAUCAAAGUAUCAUAUCAGGGCUAUACUCAUGCCUCAGCUAUUCAUUUGAGGUAUCAGUGACUAUAGAAAUAAAUGGAAUUUAUUAUGAAGGACCUAGAACUGUACCAACAGUUAUAGAGCUACCAACAGUGGAAUUUUCUUCCUCUUUUUACACAGAAGUGAUAAGUACUUCAUCUCCUACCUCUGCAUCAAGUGAUGAAUGCAUGAACAUGUCAACUUUAUACAUAUCCCUACCAAUACUGGGUAUCUCUUUAUUUAUCAACAUGAUAUUGGUAUGUGUGGUGAUUGGAAUGUGCUGUAAGAAGAUAGCUUAUAAUGUCAAAUCCAUUGAAUUAAAGAAUAAUGUAGAACAUGACUAUGCUGUCCUAGAUCCCCCAGUAGUUCAAAAUUCACAAAAUGUUAUAUAUGAAUCACCUUUGGACUUGGCAUCCCUUGAAACUCCACAGAACAAAGAAACUGUACAAGCAGAGCAAGAAAAUUAA